CAAGUUGCAGAUUUAAUUAAAGCUGAUUCACGGGAAAUUAUAUUCACCAGUGGUGCAACAGAGUCUAAUAACAUGGCAAUUAAGGGUGUUGCAAGGUUCUAUAAAUCCAGAAAGAAGCACAUCAUUACUACACAAACAGAGCACAAGUGUGUGUUGGACUCCUGUCGUUCCCUGGAAACAGAAGGUUUUCGGGUCACCUACCUACCUGUGAAAAAAAAUGGGCUCAUAGAUCUGAAGGAGCUGGAGGCUGCAUUCCAGCCAGACACCAGUUUGGUUUCUGUAAUGACUGUGAACAACGAGAUAGGAGUAAAGCAGCCAAUUCCUGACAUCGGUGAGAUCUGCCGUGAGCAUAAGGUUUUCUUCCACACGGACGCGGCACAGGCCAUCGGCAAAAUCCCCAUGGAUGUCAACGACAUGAAAAUUGAUCUAAUGAGCAUCAGUGGUCAUAAAAUCUAUGGGCCCAAAGGUGUCGGUGCUCUCUAUGUUCGGCGCCGCCCACGUGUCAGGCUGGAGCCCCUGCAGAGUGGGGGAGGCCAGGAGAGAGGGCUGCGCUCUGGGACUGUGCCCACACCCCUGGCAGUGGGCCUGGGGGCAGCCUGCGAGGUGGCACAGCAGGAGAUGGAGUAUGACCACAAGCGAAUCUCACAGCUGGCAGAACGCCUGGUCUCAAAAAUCAUGAGUGAAGUUCCUGAUGUGGUGAUGAAUGGAGACCGGGAGCAUCGCUAUCCAGGAUGCAUCAAUUUAUCUUUUGCAUAUGUGGAAGGGGAGAGUCUUCUGAUGGCUCUGAAAGAUGUGGCUCUGUCUUCAGGAAGUGCUUGCACAUCAGCCUCCCUGGAGCCUUCCUAUGUUUUGAGAGCAAUUGGGACAGAUGAAGACUUGGCUCACUCAUCUAUAAGGUUUGGCAUUGGGCGUUUCACCACAGAAGAAGAAGUGGAUUAUACAGUGCAGAAGUGCAUCCAGCACGUGAAGAGGCUGAGGGAAAUGAGCCCCCUCUGGGAAAUGGUGCAGGAUGGAAUUGAUCUCAAAAGCAUUAAAUGGACUCAGCACUGAGAAGACAUCACUAUCCAUGGACUGGAUGUGGAUUAACAUACAUUUUUCUAUACAUUCUUGAGCAAAUUAUGCAGCACUUGUGUUUUUUGACACUUGCAGUUUGCCUGGAGAACUGCCCUUUCUGAUCACAAAGUCUAAGAAGCCAAAAAUGAAACUAGUCUUUAUCAUGGAGAAAGGUAGAUCCAACAUCCACUGCAUUUCAGUGACACUCUGGGAUUUAUGCUAAAAUGUGAUUAGUUUGGAAAUGUAUUUUCUAAUAAGAAAAACCAGUAUGUUGCUGCCAGGCCA